UUAUUAGUCAUGUCAUGGAAUUUUGUUAAUUGAAAUGGUAGGUGUGGAGAAGCCGCCGUUAAGAUUUUUCAUUCAGUUUUUAUAAAAUAUAAACUAACAUGUUUAAUAUAUCAGUAACUCCAUAUCCCUAGUCUUAUGGACGGAAUGAGCUAUUUUAUUUGUUUUAUCUGUUGUUUUUACUUUAUUUGCAAGAACCGCUAGUAUGUAGUUCAAACGCUUAUCUUGCCUGAGGGAGCACUUUAACUUUGCAUUUGCAAGGAGCUUAACUUAAUUAGAAGAUAAAAUAUACGGAUGUUUAACAAGAUGAAAACCUCUAUUAAAGGCGUUCGGAUAAGAGACAUAACAGAACAUUCCUCAGAUCUUUUUGUGAUAUUUUAUCACCUUAUGUUACUCCAAAUUACAUGGACUUGAUGUCGAAAUCAAUAAUGAUAAAAUGAUUAUCGUUCCGGUACUCUUAGGAUCUUAAUUUUGGUAGCCACCUUUUUUUUUGUUCUGAAUUUAAGAGACAGGUUUCUUGUCUGUUAAAGGCUUCGGCUGAAAUAUAUUAACUUCCUUGUUGAGCGACCCCCUAUCGUCGAGAUACUUCGAAUGAAUUAGAUGGCAACUUUUCUCAAAUACUAAAGGACUUGAUUAGUUAUCGAUUUUUGUAUUGUUUUGGUGAAUUUUAGCGGAGGCAGAAUGCCAAUCAUUUCCACUGUGCCGGCGGGAGCGUAGCUUCUUUACGAAAUGAACGCUGAACUAUAAACAAAUUUAAAUUGAAUUUUGUUCCAUUGGCAGGCCCUAGCCAGCCAGGACCAGCAUACGCGUAUUAUUUUAGUUAUUUAACCAAUCAUAUUUUAAAAGAAUUUAUUAAAUUGAAACCUAAGGGAAACUUAAAUAAGCUAAUGAAAUUCUCGCUUGCGGAAAUAAGAAACAGAAAGGAUCGAUUAUUUCUAGAACAUUCGGUGCUCUCUAUAUCGAAAUCUUAUUGUACUCUAAAAAGGUAUUCCCUAUGCCGUCGAAGUUCGCGAAAGUCUGGGCAAAAUUUGACCGCGUUUUGUCUUAGCUUACUGAAAAAUGCCACCGACGUAGUUCGAGCAAAUAUGAAAUCUCGCGAUGUCAACAAAUUUGUCUCGUUGGUGAGAAAGUGAUAAUAUUUUGUUUUUAUUUAGCCAUUACAAUUUCUCACGACUUCAUGAAUAACCACAGGAAACAAUUUAAAAUUCGGGUUGCUUUUUAAGCCCAGAAUUUCACCUGCUGUCUUCCACAAUAAUAAAAACCCCGAGAAGCCUCUGGAACAAUAGAACACAUGAUCACAACCAUCCAAACAGCUCCGUCCAUUCAGCGAGGUGUCCCCUCUUUCAAGCCCUCAUUAACAUACCGUUUGUUUUGACGCAGCCCAACACGCCUAGAACACUUUGCAUCUUAUACUGCUCAUCGAGCUCUUCAAGGGCGCGAACACUUCGCACAACAUCAAAACAUUUCUCCACUUCUCCGAUCAUGGCGGUUUCGUACCGCUUUCCUCUAGCGAUGGUGACGGUAGCAGCGUUUCUAGCUUACGCUGCAGCGGUUGUGUUUUUUUACUUUGGUAAAUACAAGGACAAGAGUCCGCUAAAAUACUUCAAUCACUCGAUUCCGUUAGAUGGGUACACGAGCUACAAGCUACAGAUCACGCCCCAGUGGUGGACAUGGUGGAUCUGGGCAGGCGUCUUCGGAUGGCAACUUCCUUGGCUGCUGUACGCGUUCGUUAUUCCUUGUCGAAGCAAUGCACCGAAAGUCAUGAACAUCGCGUUCAUGUUGAUUGUAUUCUUCGGCUUCGGGUUCACGCUUGGAUGGGUAUUCCUAUGGGAAGAAAAGCUUAUCAAUGCAUCCCUUGGUUUCAUGGGAGGCAUUGUCUUGUCCAUGUUCAUUGCGCUGGCCAUCGCUUACUACCGGCUAGAUGAGCUACUUCUGCGAAGGAAAUCCUUCUCCACUUGCGACCACUUUAUGAUCGAAAUGUUCGUGACCAAUGGAGUAGGGUUGUACGCUUCGUGGGCCACAUUUUGUGCGAUCCUACACUCUGGAAUCGUCCUCAAAUUCACUGCCGGUGUCGAGGACGAGAUAGCGAGCACUAUCACCCUUGCAGCCUUGGCGGGGGCAUUGAUGUUCGGAUUCCUUCUGGACAUCUUUGUCUUCCUCCCCUACACCCGCUACACCUUUACCUUCUACCCUGCUUUCGUGGUCGGCUUUGCUGGUACAUUCCACGCGCACUGGCCCGAUGAUGAGAAAGAUCGCAAUGCUCUAUUCAAUGUUGUGCUGCUUGGGCUUGCAGGCCUGAUGAGUCUAAUCAAGGUUCUACUCCUUGUCUGGUGGAGCUGUAGGCAAAAACGACGCGUCAAGUCCAUGACCGUCACCGACCCAAGGGGCACCGAACGAUACGAUAUGGAUGUCUAUCACUGAGUCCUUACAGAGCUCCAACUACCAGAACCAACAUCAAAGUCUUAAUGGACAUUUACGACGAACUUAGCGUAUUGCUACGCCCAGCUCUGCGACACGUUAGGCGAACGCCUAAGAUAAGCGAAGAACAAUUUGACACAUCUACAACAUCUCGAAUGACUUAUGAAGAGUAUAUCGCAAAAUUAUGGACCUACUAAACUCGAAUGUACAUAUCCAAAAAGACGUUCCACUGUAUAUUACAAAAAUGCAAUAGAAUACAGCUCCAAGAUAUACAAAAAGGUUCUAGAUACACUUGCUUAGUAAUUCUAGUAUAAAAAAUUCUUAGCCAAUAUUCGAAGUAAAAUAUUUAUUGAAGAUAUUCAAAUCCGGUUGUUUUCUUGACAGAAAAGACAAAAGGGAAAUUAAUGCCGUAAAUAAUGAUCAAGAUUCCCGCUCGAAAGUAAGCAAUUCAAUCAAAUAUAUAACUUAGUUGCAUCGAUAAAAUGUUAGGGGUCGUUCCCGCAAUCAAAAGAGGGAGUUUUGUUUUGAAAAACUUCCGUUACGAAUCUUUUAAGUAAAUAUUUGUUUUUUCUAACCGAUAAUUAAAUUUCUUCUGUCACAAUUCUUUACAUUUUUACGCAUUGAACCUAUCAACUCCUUAUAGAAGACUAAAUUCUCUGUAUCUUUUUAAAUCUGUUUGUUAGAUGAUGUGAUACGAGAAUAUAUAGCAUGAUGCUUUAGUGCUUUCACGUUAAUAGGGUAAUGUCGUUUUUGUUUGUCAAACCACCAGUAGGAGAGAACACCGCUCCAUGCAUAAAAACGCUCUAUAGUGCCAUGGCGAUAAUGAUCUAGAAAAGUUGUUCGGUCGUAUUUAUUUCGUUUUUCUUUCGUUAAAGGGGCAGUCGCAUCGGUAGCAGUAUUUUUUAAGAAUGCUACCGUCACCGAUCCAGCAGAGAGAAAAACUACUGGACGGCACUAUCUAAAAGCUGUUUGAUUGUCUUCUUGUGAGUAAAUUCGGCGCGAUGCAAACGGAUUUCACAUCUACAUACUCUAUCAGCCGUCUAUUUCGCCCUCAAGAAAUGGACGAUUCCAUGGUGUAUUUUCACAUUGAAACGAACGUGCGAUUGCCCCUAUAGCCUCGAAAGAUUUAUCGAUAAUGCAAAGUUUGAAGAAGAACGACUAUAAGAAUUAUAUCAAUAUGAAAUUAAAACAGAACAAAACUUAAAUCGUAUAACUAUUUGAAAUUAAGAUUUCUUUUUGUUAUGUCAAUGAAUUUGUCUAAUUCACGCUUUAUUAUUCAUUUAUUGUAGGCCUAGAAUUUUAGUGAAAGAAAAUCCUUAUACUAAUAUAAGAACAUCCAUUUAAAAGAAAUUCCAUUAGUCUAUACGGAGAUAGUAAAAAAUGUUCGGAAUACGUUAAUUAGUUAGAUCAUCGCGGGCCAGUAGUUAUGACGCUGUCAUGUUCAUCAGGAUAAGCGAUAUUCGCUUGGGCGUUUAACUAUAACAUUAUUUAUAAUUAUUAAUAAUUGUUAGCAUUGUUGGCUCUAGACAUGACAGCCAUUAAAGUUCAACUUGCACUCUA